AUGGCAUCUGCUGCUGCGCAGCGUGAGACAGCGGAGGCGGCUGCUAAUGGCUCAGACCCUCACUCAUCACCACACACAUCACAUGGCCAACGUGUCACCAACUGGCGCACUCCGGCGUUCUCGGAAGCCGCCCGCGUGCUGCUCACCCCCACAGCCACUCACCUCCCGUUUGCGUUCCCUGGCACUGGCCAGCACGUGGUGCUUCCAGGGAGUGUGUUCAACGACGCGCGCCUCUUCGUCACAACUGACUCGCUAAUAGGGGGCGACACUUGCGAGGGGGGCGACACUUGCGAGGGGGGCGACACUUGCGAGGGGGGCGACACUUGCGAGGGGGGCGACACUUGCGAGGGGGGCGACACUUGCGAGGGGGGCGACACUUGCGAGGGGGGCGACACUUGCGAGGGGGGCGACACUUGCGAGGGGGGCGACACUUGCGAGGGGGGCGACACUUGCGAGGGGGGCGACACUUGCGAGGGGGGCGACACUUGCGAGGGGGGCGACACUUGCGAGGGGGGCGACACUUGCGAGGGGGGCGACACUUGCGAGGGGGGCGACACUUGCGAGGGGGGCGACACUUGCGAGGGGGGCGACACUUGCGAGGGGGGCGACACUUGCGAGGGGGGCGACACUUGCGAGGGGGGCGACACUUGCGAGGGGGGCGACACUUGCGAGGGGGGCGACACUUGCGAGGGGGGCGACACUUGCGAGGGGGGCGACACUUGCGAGGGGGGCGACACUUGCGAGGGGGGCGACACUUGCGAGGGGGGCGACACUUGCGAGGGGGGCGACACUUGCGAGGGGGGCGACACUUGCGAGGGGGGCGACACUUGCGAGGGGGGCGACACUUGCGAGGGGGGCGACACUUGCGAGGGGGGCGACACUUGCGAGGGGGGCGACACUUGCGAGGGGGGCGACACUUGCGAGGGGGGCGACACUUGCGAGGGGGGCGACACUUGCGAGGGGGGCGACACUUGCGAGGGGGGCGACACUUGCGAGGGGGGCGACACUUGCGAGGGGGGCGACACUUGCGAGGGGGGCGACACUUGCGAGGGGGGCGACACUUGCGAGGGGGGCGACACUUGCGAGGGGGGCGACACUUGCGAGGGGGGCGACACUUGCGAGGGGGGCGACACUUGCGAGGGGGGCGACACUUGCGAGGGGGGCGACACUUGCGAGGGGGGCGACACUUGCGAGGGGGGCGACACUUGCGAGGGGGGCGACACUUGCGAGGGGGGCGACACUUGCGAGGGGGGCGACACUUGCGAGGGGGGCGACACUUGCGAGGGGGGCGACACUUGCGAGGGGGGCGACACUUGCGAGGGGCGACACUUGUGA